AUGUUCCGGAGCAUGGUUGCAGGAACAUCCACUGCAAUUAUUUUUGGACUCGGAAGCGCUUUGGCCAGUAGCAUGAUAUGGGGAACGGCGACUCUGCCCUUUGUCAUCUUCUCGUCGCUUGGCUUUGCCCUCGGCAGUCUACGGUGGUACACAGUAUCAAGCCAGGAAGCUUUGAUGCAGCUGCAUCGAUACCCUGCACUGCUUCGUAUGCACAUCAUCAGUAACUUUCCCUGGCUUCCAGAGUACGCACGUUAUCAUCCAGCAUGGUUUACACCUCAGAGGUUUGGCACUAGUUGGGUCCGGAAGAGUGUACUCAUCGCUAGCUGGCUGUCGGCGCAGCCAGCUUUGGAUGAAAUCCAGACUCAAGCUGAGGCAGCCCUAGUACAGGCAUAUGCCGACGCACCUGUUGACCAACAGGAUCAAGGCGGAGAGAAACAGUCGUUAUGCGACGACUAG